CUUGUAGUGGAAGAGGAAGGCUGAGCAACAACACAUAAAGGUUAGAGAGGUUAGAGAGAGCUGCUAUCAGUCCGGGGAAGAGGAGUGGAAUAUCAGAACGCUGGCUUGCUAAAGCUCAGGCUCCCAAACGGACAUUUGAAACAGCAAGAACCAAACAUCAGAUGAGAGGCUGGACAGCUGCCUUACCUGUGCUCCCAGUCCAGAGGAUUCACAGUGAAGACCAAAAGGCCUGCCUGCAGUGAAAUAUUGAAGGUGCAUGAGAUAGAGAGAGAAAAGAGGAGAGCCUGCAUUUGGGAGCAGAACAAAAAGCAGAUCUGGAGAGGAGCCAUGAUGGAGAACCUGCCUGUCUACCACGGACCCAUCGGCAAGGAGGAGGGGGAGAGGCGGCUGGGCCAGGACGGGCGGGAUGGGUGCUACUUAGUCCGCGACAGUGACUCUGUACAGGGCGUCUACUGCCUGUGUGUGCUGUAUAACGGAUUUGUCUACACAUACAGAAUCCACAAGGACGACGCGGGCUCGUGGGCUGCUGAAACCACUCCUGGUGUGCAGAAACGAUAUUUCCGGCAAAUCAAGAACUUGAUAGCAGCUUUCCAGAAGCCCGGACAAGGAAUUGCCAUGCCUCUGCUCUACCCUGUCACCGCUCAGACACGGGCACAGACACACACAGAGGCACAGACGCCCGGUAAUAGCCUGUCACUGACACACAGCAGCCAAAACGCUUACCUCCAGCAGCCGCCGCGUAACUCUGCCAAGGGACACAAAAACAGAAACAAGACUGAGUUCCAGCAAGCUUUAGGUUAGGGUUAGGGGUAAACCCUGAGCUCACUAUUGACCUAAUUUGUUGCAUUUUGCGAGAAGUGUAAAUGUAUUUUGCGAGAAAAGUAAAUGUAUUUUUUUCUUUCCUUCUAAUUAACCAGCUCCUGUUUGUUAAAUCUACUCAUUAAAGCUCUAGCUGUGACUCAGAUCUCAGCAGCCUUCCAGCAUUUUCGUCUUCUUUUUUUUUUUGUUUCCCCUUCUGCAUAUGCGGCGCAGAAAGAGCCUCAUAACUUUCAGGGAUGUGAUGUAAAAUAUUCAACUGCUGAAACAUUAAUAUCCAUCACUGCAUACGUAAGAUGACAACAAAUACUGUGCUCUGUUUCCUUAAUGCAAUUCAGUUGCAUGAAUGGCAAAGAAAAUAAAUGAUAUUGGUUGAAAUAAACUCUUUUAAAU